GUCGGUGUGUUCGUGCCGUGUUGUGAGGGGGGCAGGGAGCCCGGGGCCGCUAACAGCUGUCUGUCAUGUCGCACAUGUCAUACAAUGGUGCUGCCAUCAUGGCCAUGAAGGGAAAAAACUGUGUGGCGAUCGCAUCCGACAGGAGGUUCGGAAUUCAAGCGCAGUUGGUGACAACUGACUUUCAGAAAAUCUACCCUAUGGGGGAGAGACUAUAUAUUGGAUUGGCUGGUCUUGCUACAGACGUACAGACUGUCUCCCAGCGUCUAAAGUUCAGGCUGAACCUGUAUGAAUUAAAAGAAGGCAGACAGAUCAAACCUAAAACCUUUAUGAGCAUGGUCUCCAAUCUCCUCUAUGAGCGACGAUUUGGCCCUUACUACGUGGAUCCCGUCAUUGCCGGACUUCAUCCAAAAACUUUUGAACCCUUCAUUUGUUCACUCGAUGUAAUUGGCUGCCCCAUGGAGACUGACGAUUUUGUGGUCAGUGGGACCUGCUCAGAGCAAAUGUACGGCAUGUGUGAGUCCCUGUGGGAGCCAGACCUGGAAUCAGAAGAUCUGUUUGAAACUAUUUCACAAGCCAUGUUGAACGCAGUGGAUCGCGAUGCUAUAUCUGGUAUGGGUGUCAUCGUACACGUGAUUGAGAAAGACAAGAUCACCACCAGAACACUAAAGGCUCGUAUGGAUUGAAACGCUCCAGCAAUCUCCAUUGUAUUCUGCGAUAUAACUUUUUUUAAAAAAAAUUGUAUACAAAUAAAUCUAUUCUCAUUGGAAUAGGUUUCCUGUUCUGGUAUGUGUUCAAUGACUGUCUUGUUCGUCAUAAAACAAAUGUAGAAUUUUAAGCAAAGUAAAAUGGCUGCAAUGGACCGUUAGCAUAGAUACUCCAAGACAGGUAUAGUGGAGCGUGGGAGUUCACAUAACCUUCACGUAAGGAGAGUAUCUUGCCUGAGUGGACGAUGGAAUCGGCUGAGCGUUUAAUUAUUCCACUGUAUAAAUGUGAAAGCCAGUUAUCCUGGAACUGAAUCCAUAGCGGAAGGAGAAAAGGAGCAAAGUAGAAACCUGGUAUUUUUAUUGCGUUGUGCUCAGUCUUUGAAACGUGUCUUUCUUUUGAACUUUGAGAAACCUCCUGGUCACACAAAUGUUCUUUCAUUGUAUUGUCUCUCUGGCGCAAGAACAAUAAAUAUGCAGACAGUU